AUGGUGAGCCUCAUUCAGUUUACAAGAAGAGAUAUGCAGCAACUACAGUCCCUCGUCCUUUUGAGCCUGGCUGGGUUAUACUUUUCGGCAGCUCUUCCACCGACAGCAGCUCCACUUUUCAAUAAGCCGUUUGUAGUCAUAUGGAAUGCUCCCAUCAACAAAUGCAAUCAGCUUCAAGUCCCUUUGGAUUUGGAUGUGUUUCAGGCCAUCACCACACCUCAGCGUGUGCCUAACCAAGUCCUAACCCUCAUGUAUAAGUACAGAUUGGGCCUUUUUCCUUACAUUGACCUCUACGAUUUCUCACAGUACAAUGGUGGCAUUCCACAGAAAGGAAACCUAACUGCCAGUCUGGAAGAAGCCAAAAGAGAGUUCACCAAAUACAUCCCAUCAUCCAUACCUGGCCUGGCUGUUCUUGACUGGGAGGAGUGGGUGCCUCUGUUUGACCGAAAUACAGACUUAAGAGAGAUCUACAAGGUGCUGUCCAUAAACUACACCCUUCAGCAGAAUCCAUCCCUUACAAGCAAGCAAGCUACAUUGAAAGCCAAAGUGCAAUUUGAGAACGCUGCCAGAAGUUUCUUGGAAGAAACGUUGCAGUUAGGAAUCUCAGAAAGACCAAAUUUCCUCUGGGGCUUUUAUUUGUUUCCUGAUUGUUACAACUACGAUUUUUUGAACCCAAACUACACAGGAAAAUGUCCAAAGAGGGCACAUACAUUAAAUAACAGACUUAAAUGGGUGUGGCAGGCAAGUACUGCAUUCUUUCCAUCAGCGUACAUGCCAGUUUCUUUAAGUAAAACCCACAAAGCAGCUCUGUUUGUCCGACAUAAGGUUCUAGAAGCAAUGAGACUGGCUGAGUUUUCACCACGCCCUUACACUGCUCCUGUUUAUUUGUACCUGCAACUCCUCUUGCGGGAUCAAAAGGACCUGUAUAAGGAUGAGGUUGACCUGGUUAAGACUAUUGGUGAGAGUGCAGCUUUGGGAACUGCUGGAUGUGUGCUGUGGGGCUCUAGCUCUUAUUUUAAAGACAAGGAAUCAUGUGAAUCCCUUUCUGCAUACUUGUCUAACACCCUAAACAAGUAUGUUGUCAAUGUCACGACUGCAGCAGAACUGUGCAGCAACCUGCUGUGUCGAGGUAAUGGGCGCUGUAUCCGUAAGCACUAUGACUCCAAUGACUACCUACACCUCAACGCAAGCAGCUUUAAUAUACAGAAGAUUGAUGGGUUGUAUAAAGUCUCUGGGCAACCUUCCAUCACUGACCUCCGUGCCUGGGCUGACAAGUUCACCUGUCAGUACUAUGAGGACAAAAACUGCUCAGUCUGA